CUGGGGAGCCAGCAGAUCCGCAACGUGGCGUCUGUGGGUGGAAACAUCGUGAGUGCGUUUCCCAACUCGGACCUGAACCCGGUUCUGGCUGCUGGGAACUGCAGGGUCAGCCUCAUCUCUGCCGGUGAGUGGCCACCUUUUUCUCUCCUCCAGAGAGAAUCUGAGAACAAAGAAUUAGCUGAUUUGAGGUGUGAUGCCCUGUCUGUCCUGCAGGGGGAGUUUGUGGGAGCUCUCCGCCAGGCACCGAGGAAGGAGGCCUCCUUUGCCACGGUGACCACCGGGAUGAGGGUCCGUUUCUCAGAGGGGUCCCGAGUGGUGGAGGACGUCAGUAUCUACUAUGGAGGAAUGGGCCCCACCACCAUCGGAGCCCCCAAAACCUGCAAAGCCAUCCAGGGAAGGUGGGAGCAGCUUUUCCUUUUCUCCACGUCUGUGACCUCGUCCCUCCUCCUUUUCCCGCUGGGGGCAGAGGGGGGGUUGUGUCUGACGGCUGUCUCUCUGCAGGCCGUGGGACGAGGAAACCCUGACCCGGGCCUACGACGUCCUCCUGGAGGAGCUGGUCCUCCCUCCUUCUGCCCCCGGAGGGAAGACUGUGAUGGGAAAGUGUGUUUUUUCCCUUCACGGAGCAGCCACUACGCGGCCAACGCCUGCCUGCUGCCGCUCUGCCAGCUGCAGGGCGCCGCGGUGACCACGGUGGAGGGCGUGGGCAGCUCCAGGACCAGGAUCCACCCGGUGCAGGAGCGGAUAGCAAAGGCUCACGGCUCCCAGUGUGGCUUCUGCACUCCGGGGAUGGUGAUGUCCAUGUACGCCCUGCUGAGGAACCAGCCCCAGCCCAGCAUGGAGGACAUCACUCAGGCUCUGGCCGCUCAGCUGCUGCUUUCAGGAAACAUGUGUCGCUGCACUGGAUACCGGCCCAUCGUGGACGGCUGCAGGACCUUCUGUCAGGAGGCCGACUGUUGCCGGGCCAACGGGGGCGCCCAGUGCUGCCUGAACGGGGAGGAGAAGGCUGCCGGAGCUGAGGAUAGCCUGGCCUUCCUGGGGGAGAGGAUGAGCUGGCUGGCCCCCGUCUCCCUGGAGGAGCUGGUCCAGCUGAAGGCCCGACACCCCGCCGCGCCGCUGCUCAUGGGCAACACCAACAUAGGUCCAGACAUGAAGUUCAAAGGCGUCUUCCACCCGCUGGUCAUCUCCCCCAUGCGAGUCCAGGAGCUGCUGGAGGUGUCGGAGAGCCCUGAGGGCCUGUUUGUGUGGCAGGACGCCGUCCAGAAGGCCUCGUUCUUCCAGCCGCGGCGGGUCAUCGAGAGGGGCAGCGUGGAGGAGGCGUUCACUAAAGCCGACCGCAUUCACGAAGGAGGGAUUCGGAUCGGGGGCCAGGAGCAUUUCUACAUGGAGACCCAGAGCAUGCUGGUGGUUCCUGUGGGGGAGGAGACCGAGUUCAACGUCUACAUCUCCACUCAGUGGCCGGCUUUAAUUCAGGACGCCAUCUCAGAGACGCUGAACAUCCCAGCGAACAGGGUCACCUGCCACGUUAAACGGUUGGGGGGGGCCUUUGGAGGGAAGGUCAUAAAAACCUCCAUCCUGGCCUCCAUCACCUCUGUGGCUGCCUGGAAGACCAAUCGUGCGGUCCGCUGUGUUCUGGAGAGAGGCGAGGACAUGCUGAUCACUGGAGGACGCCAUCCUGUCCGGGCAACAUACAAGGUGCAGGGGGGGGGGGGCAUCCAGCAGCCUGUGGGCUUCAUGGAGGACGGGAGGAUCGUGGCUGCAGACCUGGAGUACUUCAGCAACGCCGGCUUUGCUGUGGACGAGUCUGUUCUGGUGAGUGGAGGCGCUCUUCUGCCCCCUGCUGGGCUGGAGGGAAUUGUUGAGAAGAUUCUGCUGCACAUGGACAACGCCUACAACAUCCCCAACCUGCGGGGCCGGGCCGCCGCCUGCCGGACCAACCUGCCCUCCAACACCUCCUUCAGGGGCUUCGGGGUGCCGCAGAGCCUGCUGGUGAUCCGGGAGAUCAACAUGUACAAGGGCCCGUCCAUCACCCACUACAAGUUUGAGUUCAGCCCGGAGAACAUGCUGCGCUGCUGGGAGGAGUGCAAGCGGAGGAGUGACUACAGCGGCCGCCGCUCCGCCCUCCAGCAGUUCAACCAGCAGAGCCGCUGGAGGAAGAGGGGCAUGGCCAUCGUCCCCAUCAAAUACGGCAUCGCCUUCUCUGAGGGCUUCCUGAACCAGGGGGCCGCUCUGGUCCACAUCUACAAAGACGGGUCUGUUCUGGUGACGCACGGCGGGACGGAGAUGGGUCAGGGCAUCCACACCAAGAUGCAGCAGGUGGCGAGCCGGGAGCUGCGCGUCCCGACCUCCAAGGUCUACAUCAGCGAGACCAGCACCGGCACCGUUCCCAACACGUGUCCUUCCGCCGCCUCGUUCGGCACCGACGCCAACGGCAUGGCGGUCAAGAUCAAUGCAGCGUAUUUUGAGAAGAUCAGCCUUUCGGCCACCGGAUACUUCAGGGGUCCAGACCUGUACAUGGACUGGGACAAGAUGGAGGGCCAGCCGUACGCCUACUACACGUUUGGGACGUGCUGCUCUGAGGUGGAGCUGGACUGCCUCACCGGAGACUACCGGACCGUGAGGACCGACAUCGUGAUCGACAUGGGCAGAAGCGUGAACCCUUCCGUGGACUUCGGCCAGAUUGAAGGAGCCUUCAUGCAGGGAUUGGGUCUCUACACUUUGGAGGAGCUGAAGUUCUCCCCGACUGGGGUUUUGUACACUCGAGGUCCAUCUCAGUACAAGAUCCCGGCCGUGUGCGACGUUCCCCUCUCCUUUAACGUCUACAUGCUGCCCGACUCUGACAACCCCCACGCCAUCUACUCCUCAAAGGGCAUCGGGGAGCCCAUCAUCUUCCUGGGCAGCUCGGUGUUCUUCGCCAUUAAGGACGCGGUGGCGGCGGCCCGCUCGGCGUCCGGCCUCUCGGGGCCGUUUGCUCUGGACAGUCCGGCCACUCCGGAGAGAGCCUGCCUGGCCUGCGCCUCCCCAGCCUGCCUGGCCUGCGCCUCCCCGUUCACCCAGAAGAUUCCAGUCAGCGAACCUGGAACCUUCAAGCCGUGGGCCCUGAACAUCUGA